AUGGACAGCGACCUUCCCAUUGCCCUGCGACGCACACGUCGAAGCACUGCUGGGCCUCGAGCGGUCAAUGGCCCGUCUGAAAGGUCCUCGACCGCCAAAUCUCCUCACAAAGCCAAGCGUCGUGUCCGCUUCUCUGAUCCAGGCCCCAUUCUCACCCACGCCUCGGCAUCUUCCUCCUCCUCCUCCUCCACAGGCCUCACGCCCAUGAUCCGCCGCACAUCUCUCGCGCGAGGCGUCACGCCAGCGAAGCGGCGUCGCUCGACGCCCGCCCGCACCACUGCAUCCGGCAGCGGCCUCGGCCCUGCCGCCUCAUCCCCCCUGGCCUGCGAGGUCCACUUCGAGCCCCUGCGUCAAGUCCUCGACGGCCGCGUUCAGCGCCGCCUGCGCCGCAACGGGCUCAGCGAGGAGAUGAAUGCUAUCCACGACGAGAAGAAGGCCGCCGCCCGCGCCGCCGACGCCGAGAUUGCCCGUCUGCGUGCCGAGCUGCGUGAGAAGGACGCCGAGAUCUACCAGCUCCAAAACGCUACCAUUGUCCUCGACACGGACAGGAUAUGGGCCCUCGAGAAGGAGCUCGACGACCUCAAGGACCAGCUCGACAACAAGACGGUCGAGAACAGCCGCACCUAUGCCUGGACGCUCGCUGCCAAGGACCCUUUUGCUGAUGACUGCAUGGACUCGCUGACCGACGACGACGACCGCUUUGGCGACGUGACCAUGGCCGAACUCGCCUGCAGCACGCCGACCCGCGCGAGGACCUCGUUCCCGACGCCCCCCCUGACGAGCCCUGCCCUGCCGAAGACGCCCUCGGCCUGGCGUGCCGGUGUCGUCCAACCGCCGACGCCUGACUCCCGUGACACGGGCGUUCAGGUGUCUCUGCUCGACCCGGCGAAGCAGUACCUCGAGGACCAAGUUGACUCGAUGAGACGGGAGAUGUUGAAGCUCACAGCCACGCUCGAAUCCUACACGGCGCUGACGUCGCGCCUCACAUGCCGCCUCUCUGCCUUUUCACCACCCGAGUCGCCAGCGACGCCCGCAGACCAGUCCACGCACCAUGAACCCCCGGCCACACCCACAGACCACCCCCUCGAGGCCCAGCUCGCCCACCUCCUGCGCACAACAGCCGACCGCUCUGCCGCCCUCAUCACCCUGACAUCCUCCAUCUCGAGUCUCGGCUUCCCUGGCUCUGACGCGGCCGAGAUUGUGGCCUCCCUGUCCUCCGCCUUCCGCACCGCCCGCCUCGAGCUCGAGUACCUGACGCCCGGCGAGAUCGCACUGCCGCUCUCGGCCCACGGCGCCGAGGUCCUCGACCUCCUGCUGACGCGCCUCCGCGCCCUCGCCACCAAGGCCCGCGAGGCAGACGACCUCGUCGACGAGUACCACGAGCAGGAGCUCUCCCUGCGCAAGCAGCUCGCUGCCCGUGUCGAGGCCAUGGACCAGCUCGCCGCCGAGCUCGCCGCCGCCCAGACCGCCCUCGCCGAUGCCGACGACCUGCGCGUCGGCAACGAGCGCCUGCGCGGCGCCGCCGAGGGGUACCGACGUGACAUGGCCGAGCUCGAGACCCUCGUCGAGCGCGUCGACGGCGAGAGGGCCGAGGCCGUCGAGGCGAAAACAGCCCAGGAGGAGGCCGUUUCGGCGCUCGAGGCGAGGCUCGCGGCCGCCGUCGACGAGAUGGAGGCGCUGUCUGACCGCGUCGAGGCCGUCACGGCAGCCAAGGCCCGCGAGGUCGCAGCCCUGAAUCGGCAGGCCGGCAAGGCGCUCGCCGUGCGUGACGCGCGCGUCGCCGAGCUGCGCGAAGAGGUGGAGCGGGUCAACGGCGCGCUGCGAGGUGCGUACGAGACGAUCAAGGAUCUCCGCGUCGACAAGGCUGGCGUCGAGAGAGACCUCGCGAGAGAGAAGGAGAGGGCCGAGGGCGUGAUUGACGCUAUGCGUGCCGAGCUCGAGAGGGUCGUCAGCGCGAGCCGCGAGAUGCUGUCGCAGCAGCCGGCGGAGGGCGGCGAUGGGGAGGCGCAGGGCGUGCUGUCGUCGCCGCUGAAGGGCGGCGUUGACGGUCGCCGUGGGAGCCUGCUGUCUGGCGACCUCGCGAGGAGGGCCUCGGGGAGGAAGAGGAGACGCCAUGACAGCGGUAUGGGGCUGUUGGAUGAGGACGAGGUGGACAUUUGA